UCGUCAGCUCCACUCCCAGCCGCCUGACACGCGAGAAGAGAAGCCGCCUCUUCCACCUGAGAGGGUCGGAGGAGGGGCUGACUGGAGGUGCGGCCCGCCGGCUCUUCGCCCGCUCCCCAUUUUCCGACAGCCAGCCGGAGAGUGCUUGAACUUAAGGGACUCCAGGGGGGAGCAAAAAGGCCGGAGCGGCUGAGGCGGCAGCCAGAAGGAGGGGCGGACCCUCCGCACAUACAGCCCCUUCGCGCCCCCCGCCCCCCUUGGCAACAGCGCCGCUGGGACUCCGUCCAGAUUUCCUCUCGGCUGCCUGUGGAGAGCCGCUUGGUUUCCUUGUCUCUCCGAUGUGCAUCGCGGAAAGCGCUCAGGCGGGCUCCCGCUGAGGAGAAGGAGGAACUGCAGCUUUGCGACGGGAGCUCGCAGAUUAUGCUCACAAGCGGCGGCGGCGGCGGCACCACCAGCAGCAGCAGCAGACUCCCACAAUGAGAGGGGAGAUGCUGUUCCUCACUGCACUCCAUGCCACGCUCUUGGCUUCAGCGCAAGUUAUGGCUCAGAAAAGGGAGAGAGUGGUCUGCUCCAAUGUCUACACGGCCGACAUUGUGUUCCUGGUGGACGGAUCCUCUAGCAUUGGAAGAGCCAACUUCCAAAUGGUCCGGAACUUCAUGGAGGGGCUGGUUGCCCCUUUUGUCAACGUGGUGGGUGAGAGAGGGGUGCGCUUUGGAGCUGUGCAGUACAGUGAUGAACCCAGGACCGAGUUCGCGUUCUCCACAUACCGCAAUGGGACAGCAGUGAUGAGGGCUGUCCGAGAGAUGGCCUACAAGUCUGGGAACACGCGGACAGGGGCAGGCUUUCGCCAUGUAGCAGAUAACUUCUUUGGAGCCAGUCAGAUCCGGCCUAAUGUUCCGAAGAUCUGCAUCCUCAUCACAGAUGGAAAGUCUCAGGAUGAAGUUGAGGGGACAGCUGCAAAGCUGAAGGAUCAAGGCAUUAAAGUCUUUGCUGUGGGCAUCAAGAACGCGGACAGCAGCGAGCUGACCAAAGUGGCUUCCACCCCCACGGAGGAUUAUUUCUUCUUUGUCACUGACUUUAAAAUCCUCUCAACUCUCUUGCCGCUGGUGUCGCGGAGGGUGUGCAGCAGCACCGGGGGCAUCCUACAGCCAGCAGGUACAGAGACAUAUGGUGGCCCCUCGAAUUUGGUCUUCCUGGAGCAGGGAACAGAUAUGCUGAGGAUCCGUUGGACGGCGGCUAGUGGUCCUGUAACAGGCUACAAAGUCCAGUAUGUGCCUCUUACAGGCUUGGGGCAGCAAAUAACAGCUGAGAGGCAGGAGGUUAGUUUGGGACCUGGUGAGACGAGUACCGUGCUACGUGGUUUGAGGGGAGGCACAGAUUACCAGGUGACUGUUAUUGCUCAGUAUGCCAACAGCAUUGGAGAAUCCGUGUCCGGCAAAGGACGUACUCAGGCCGUGUCUGGAGUAGCAAAUUUCCAAGUGUUGGAUGCAGGACCCUCCUUCCUUAGGCUGUCCUGGGCCCCUGGUCUGGGUACCCUACAGGGCUACAGGCUCACGUAUCUGGGCAGAGGUGAGACUCAGCCCGAGGAGAUCAGUCUUGGGCCCAGUGCGACUUCAGCCUUGCUCAGCAACCUUCGCCCCAACACUGACUAUAUGAUCACACUCUAUCCCAUCUACCCCCGUCAGACAGUGGCACCUGCUGUGAUCAAUGGCCGAACGUUGGGUUUGUCAGGAGUGCAACAACUGUCUGCCCUGAACAUCUCCUCCCAGGGCAUGCUGGUGACCUGGCGGGGUGUGAGUGGAGCAACGGGAUACCGUGUUACCUGGGGCCUCCUCUCAGGUCAGGGUGUGCAGAGAGCUGAUCUGGAUCCCAGCAAAAACUCCUUCUUGUUGACUGGACUGCAGCCUGAUAGUGAUUACCUGGUGACUGUUGCUCCAGUCUUUGGGCAGGUGGAAGGGCCAAAAGCCUCCAUCAGGAGGAGAACAGAAGCCAUUAUACUCCAGACUCUGAGAAUCGUCACUAUUGAUCCAACGUCUAUCCAGUUGGCCUGGAACAUCAUCCCUAGCGCCCGAGGUUAUCGGCUGGAAUGGAGAAAAGCAACAGGUUUGGAGCCCCCCAGGACUGUGACACUGCCCACCAAUGAAAACAGCUACACUCUGACAGGGCUGCAGCCAGGCACUGAAUACCACAUCACUCUCUACACCUUGUAUGACGGCAAGGAAGUGGCCACCCCAGUUACCAUCUUGCAGACUGGGGUGGCACAACCCGUGGGCAGCAUCUCUGACUUGAGGGUCACUGAGACUUUGGGGAACAGAGUCAGACUGGCCUGGACGGGUGUCCCUGGGGCCACAGCAUAUAAAGUUGUGCUGCGCAAUACCCAGGAUGGCACAGAGAAGACACGGCGUAUCCCAGGCUCCCAGACCACCGAGGACCUGACUGAUCUGAAAGAGGAUGUGGUGUAUGUGGUGCGUGUGUCAGCAGUUAUUGGCAACCGUGAGGGUAGCGCUGCUCCUCUCAACAUCCGACUCCAACGCCCGUCUGUGGGCAGCAUCACCAACCUACAAGUGGCUGCCCUUGGACCCAGUCAAUUGCGGGUGACGUGGAAUCCAGUUGCCGGGGUGACCGGAUAUAAGGUGACAUGGAGGCAGAGAGAUGGUCAAGAGUUCUCUCAAGUCCUUCCAGCUAAUAGAAACUCCUACACUAUUGAGGGCCUGAGGGCCGGGUCUUUCUAUCUCAUUGGGGUCUCGGCCUUGGUUGGCAACAGAGAAGGGAGUCCGGUUACCGCCACAGCUACAACAGCCCCUGAUCAAGUGGGAAUGGUCACCAGCUUACAGGUCCUGGAGUCUCGGAGCACGGAUGUGCGAGUCACAUGGGUUGGUGUGCCCGGAGUUACAGCCUACAGAAUUGUGUGGGGCCGCAGUGAUGGUGGACCUGAAAACAGCAAGCUGGUCUCGGGAAGCACCAAUUCCUUUGAUAUCCAGAACCUGGAAGGCGGAGUCAGCUACACUGUGAAGGUCACUGCACUGAUUGGCAACCGCGAAGGAGACCCCGUGUCUAUCAUUGUCACCACACCGAUGGUCUCAGCUCAGCCUGUUGGGAAUCUGCGUGUGACCGACUCCUCUGAAAAGCACAUCCGGGUUGAAUGGAGCCCAGCACCAGGAAGCACAGGCUAUAGGCUUGUCUGGCAGCCGGCAGAUGGUGGACCAGAGAGGAGCCAGCUGCUUCCGGCCAAUGUCAACACCUAUGACAUCAGAGACCUGCAGCCAGGAGGGCGUUACGAAAUCCGCAUCACCAGCCUGGUGGGCAACCAGGAGAGCAGAGCUGUGGCUGUUGUUGCCAACACUGCAGCAGUGGGUCGUGUGACCAACUUCCGGGUGGCAGAGACUCAAAGGGAUGUUGCGAUUUUGACCUGGACUCCAGUUCCUGGGGCCACUGGCUAUCUCCUCACCUGGAAAUCUCCACGAGACGAAGGGGAAGUACAGAGAACGUUACCUGGGUCUGCCACAUCACACCAAGUGUCUGGCCUCCGCCUGGGCAGGAGCUACACCUUCACCAUCCGCCCGCUGUUUGGGAGCAUCACAGGUCCUGAGACUUCUGUGACUGACCGCACAGUCUGCCAAGACGCCCGCAGAGACGUAGUUUUCCUCGUGCAUGCCACUCGAGACAAUGCCUACAACGCAGAGGCCGUGCAGAGCAUCCUCUCCAACACUGUAUCUGCACUGGGCCAGUUGGGUCCUGGUGCCACCCAGGUGGGCAUCAUGCUUUACAGCUACCGAGGCCUCCCUUUACUCCGGCUCAACCGCUCUAGUGACUUGCCAACAGUCCUGCAGUUUAUCCGCUCGCUGCGCUAUGAUGAACCCAGUGGCAAUGCCAUUGGAGCUGCCAUCAAUCUUGCCAAGAGCGACAUGCUGAGUCUCGCUGCAGGGCGCAGACCUGGUGUGCCUGGGACCCUGGUGAUCCUGGCGGAUGGUCCAUCCAGCGAUGAUGCCAUUGGGCCAGCCAGGGAUCUCAAGGCCGCAGGAAUCCAGGUGCUGGCUGUUGGCAUGAACGGGGCUGACCGCGAGCAGCUGCGCCGCCUGGUGACCAAUGAGGACCGGCGCAAUGUUUUCUUUGUGAGGAGGGAUCUGAGCACUCUGCCAGAGGCGGAAGAGGGGCUUGCCAACGCCCUCUGCAGGGCAGCCGACACUGAAGGGCCUAGACCAGAGCCCUGUACGGUGCAGUGUCCUAAGGGUGAGAAGGGCGAGCCUGGUGAGAUUGGACGGAAAGGACGCAUGGGACUUCCUGGGCCUUCUGGAGAUCCGGGGCGCAAUGGGAUCCCAGGUCCUCCAGGCCCAGUAGGACCUCGGGGUCCUCCAGGUGAUGUCACUGAGCGGCGGGGUGAGAAAGGAGACAGGGGAUUCCCGGGAGCUGAUGGAUUGCCAGGGAAUCCUGGCCGCCCUGGUGACCCUGGUUCUUCUGGCCAACCAGGCGGCCCUGGCCUUCCUGGACUCCGAGGACUCCCAGGAGAGCGUGGAGUGAUUGGCCCAAUAGGGCCAAAGGGAAGCAAAGGUGAGCCGGGGGAGCCUGGAGAUAUUGUAAACGGAGGAGGUGGGCUUCCUGGCCGGAAGGGGGAGCCUGGCAAUCCGGGAAGCCCUGGACUUCCUGGAAUUCCUGGGUCCAGGGGAUCAUUUGGUGAUCCGGGACCUCCUGGGCCUGUGGGACCUCCUGGGCCUGUGGGACCUGCCGGCGAGUUUGUCAAGGGAGAGAAGGGCGACCGAGGUGAGCGAGGCCCUCCUGGACCAGGAGACGGGGGUGUGGUCAGAGGAGAACCAGGCCCCCCAGGUGUGCCAGGAGAUCCUGGGCCAAGAGGACCUCCUGGGCUAGCAGGACAGAAAGGAGACAAGGGGGAUGGAGAAGAAGGUUUUCCUGGACCACCUGGACGGCCUGGAGACCCAGGAGAUCGAGGCCCUAGAGGACCUCCAGGUGAACAAGGAAGCAAGGGAGACCGAGGGCAGCCUGGUGAGAUUGGACCACCAGCAGAUAAGGGAGACCGUGGAUUACCUGGCCCUGAAGGAGAGAAGGGAGAGCAAGGACCUGCAGGUCGUCAAGGUCCAUCUGGCAGAGAUGGCUUACAAGGGCCACCUGGCCUUCGAGGAGAAAGGGGAGACCCAGGGGAACCUGGACUACCCGGGAAACCCGCUUCCAGUCUGUCAGGAAUCAAGGGGGAGAGGGGCCCUGUAGGACCAGAGGGGCCACCUGGAUCCAGAGGAGAUGCCGGGAGCAAAGGAGAGCGUGGGCCACCUGGACUUGGUGUCCCAGGCUCACCUGGUCCAAAAGGAGAGCAAGGGGACAGGGGGAUUGUUGGUUUGACUGGCAAGACAGGUGCAAAGGGUGACCCAGGAGACCCGGGUGAGAGAGGAGAACCAGGAAGACCUGGACUUACUGGACAGAUGGGACAGAGAGGAAAAGAGGGUGAAAGAGGUGAUAAAGGAGAGGAAGGAACCCCAGGUGAGCCAGGUCUACCGGGCAAACCUGGCGAGAGGGGUCUGCGGGGUCUGCCGGGAAGCCGAGGGCUCGCUGGCGAAAAGGGGGACCAAGGUGACCCAGGUGAAGACGGGAGAAAUGGCAGUCCUGGAGCACCAGGGUCAAAGGGCGACCGAGGAGAUCCUGGUCAGCCAGGACCCCCAGGCCAGACAGUUGGACCUGGAGGAGGAGGGCAAAAAGGCGAGAAGGGGGAGCCAGGGGACCCUGGAGAGGAUGGAAUGAAAGGUGUCAAAGGAGAUGCUGGUUUACCUGGCCUGCCAGGAGAACGAGGAAUUGAAGGCUCCAGAGGUCUUCCUGGAGUUCGUGGUGACCCUGGAGACCGAGGGCCUGUGGGAGAGAAGGGUGACCGAGGCCCUCCAGGGCAAGAUGGCCGGAAUGGGUUAGAUGGGAAGCCUGGUCAAACAGGACCUGCAGGCCCAAGGGGUGAUGCUGGGAAGCAGGGUGACCCUGGCAGAGAUGGUCUCGCAGGUCUGCGUGGCGAGCAGGGUCCUCCUGGAGCAAGUGGCCCCCCAGGACCUCCAGGAUUGCCUGGCAAGCCUGGCGAUGACGGCAAACCUGGGCUGAAUGGGAAGAAUGGUGAAGGUGGGACUCCAGGAGAAGAUGGGAGGAAGGGGGACAAAGGUGAAGCUGGAGCGUCUGGCCGAGAUGGUCGUGAAGGUGUGAAAGGAGAGCGAGGGACCAUCGGGCCUCCAGGCCCCCCAGGGCCAAUGGGUGUUCCUGGCAUGCCAGGGCAAGUUGGUCCUCCAGGCCAGAGCAUGCCAGGCCUCCCAGGGGUUUCAGGACAAAAGGGAGACAGAGGGGAGCCCGGAUCCAAAGGAGAUCAGGGAAGACCAGGGGAAGCUGGGCUUAGAGGUGAACCUGGAACAACACCGAAUGUUGAACGUGCCUUAGAAGCGAAUGGAAUUAAGAUUUCCUUACUGCGAGAGAUCACUGGUGCCUAUGAAGGGAGUUCUGAUCAAUUCUUGCCUGCCCCUGUUCGCUGGAAAGGCAUGAAGGGUGACAGAGGAGAUCCAGGAGAGAGGGGGCCAGCAGGUAGAGAGGGGCUCAUAGGCUUCCCUGGAGAAAGAGGCCAAAAGGGAGACAAAGGAGACCAAGGCCCCCAAGGCCCAACAGGGCGUGCCAUUGGAGAGCGGGGGCCAGAAGGACCAUCUGGCCAGCCAGGGGAGCCUGGGAAACCUGGAAUACCAGGGGUGCCAGGCCGGGCAGGAGAACUUGGAGAGGCUGGGAGGCCUGGAGAAAAGGGUGAUCGCGGUGAGAAGGGUGGACAGGGAGAGCCGGGCAGAGAUGGCUUACAAGGGCCACCAGGACCACCAGGACCCAGGGUGGAUGGAGUGGAAGGGGGCCUCCCGGGGCUUCCAGGAGAGCGUGGGUCUGCAGGACCCAAGGGAAGCAAGGGAGAGCCAGGAGAAGAUGGCGAGAAAGGCUCUAGAGGCGAUAAGGGUGAAACUGGGCAGAAAGGCGAGAGAGGCGAAGCCGGCGAGAGAGGCAGGGAUGGCGCUCCAGGCCUUCCAGGAGAAAGAGGCCUUCCUGGCCCAGAAGGGAAAGCAGGCUUGCCAGGCUUCCCCGGAGUUCUGGGCAGACCGGGUAACCAGGGAGAUACUGGACCACCAGGCCCUCCUGGUCCUAUUGGCCCUCCGGGCGCUCAAGGUCAACCUGGAAUAAAGGGCGAUGCAGGAGAGCCUGGCUCCAGCAUCCGAGGUUCACCGGGUCUCCAGGGGAAUGUUGGACUCCCAGGACCAAUAGGACCACCGGGACCCGCAGGUCAACAGGGCCCUCCAGGGUUGCCAGGACAAGUGGGUGAACCUGGGAAGCUAGGUGUGCCAGGAAGGGAUGGAGUGCCAGGGAAAGACGGGGAACCUGGACUGCCUGGGAAAAUGGGUGUCCCAGGACCAGCAGGACCUGCCGGACCCAAAGGAGAAUCCGGGGAUGCUGGGCUCCCAGGACAAAGUGUUGUGGGGCCUCCUGGAGCAAAAGGCGAGAAGGGUUCACCAGGUGACUUUGAUGGGGAAAUUUUUGGGAAACCGGGUCCCAAAGGUGAUCGAGGCAUUCCAGGCCCUCGAGGAGAAAAGGGUGAACCUGGGAAUCAAGGAGAUCCUGGAGAUCCUGGAGAAGAUGGAUCCAAAGGAUCACCUGGGAUCAAGGGAGAAAAGGGUUCACUUGGGAUUGGCCAACAAGGACCUCCUGGGCAAACUGGACCUCCAGGAUUAAAGGGAGACCCUGGCUUGCCUGGACCCCCAGGACCUCCAGGUUCACCAGGCGCAGCUGGGAUUCCAGGCCAGCCAGGUCUGAGAGGAGAAAACGGACCAGCUGGCCUUCCAGGACCUCCAGGAGAGAGGGGUCAGACUGGCUUUCCUGGAAGAGAGGGCACUGCAGGACCUCCAGGUCCACCUGGACUACAAGGACCAGUGGGUGCACAAGGCAUUCCAGGAGUGAAAGGUGACAAGGGGGCCACAGGUAUUGGGCAGCCAGGUGCUAGAGGCGAGCGAGGAGAUCCAGGACCCCGGGGUGAAGAUGGGCGCCCAGGGAUGGAAGGAGAUCGUGGGCCUGCGGGGCCUCCAGGAAACAGAGGGGAGAGAGGUGACAAAGGAGAUGUUGGGCUCAUGGGGCCGAAGGGAGACAAGGGUGACACUGCCGUUGUGGAGGGCCCACCAGGUGCUCGGGGGAACAAAGGGGAGCCGGGAGACCGUGGCCUAAAAGGGAUGGAAGGUGACAAAGGUGACAAAGGAGACCAAGGCAUCUCUGGAGAGAAGGGAGCGAGAGGUGAGCAGGGAGAGAAGGGGUCAGCAGGAUUCCCAGGAGCACGUGGUCCUGGUGGGCAGAAGGGAGAAGUUGGUGCAUCGGGAGAACCAGGAGAGCCGGGCCAACCCGGGAAGGAUGGCAUCCCAGGCACCAGAGGGGAGAAAGGAGACAUGGGUCCUUUUGGGAUGCGAGGUCCAAAGGGGGACCGAGGGAUGAAAGGAGCCUGUGGCCAGGAUGGAGAUAAGGGGGAGAAAGGAGAGCCAGGCCUGCCAGGCCGAAUGGGACUUGCUGGAAGGAAGGGUGACCCUGGUGAUGUGGGCCUGCCUGGAACCCCAGGAAUCCCUGGGAAAGAAGGCCUCAUUGGACCCAAGGGUGACAGAGGAUUUGAUGGCCAACAGGGAUCCAAAGGAGACCAAGGAGAAAAGGGGGACAGGGGUGCUGCAGGCAUUAUUGGCUCUCCAGGACCCAGGGGCAGUGAUGGACCACCAGGGCCCCCUGGACCCCCUGGCAGCAUUGGCCCAAAAGGCCCAGAAGGGAUUCAAGGGCAGAAGGGUGAGAGAGGGCCACCAGGAGAGUCCGUUGUAGGAGCCCGUGGAGUCCCGGGUCUGUCAGGAGAAAGAGGGGAGCAGGGAAGUCCGGGGCUUGAUGGCCUCCGAGGAGAGAAGGGAGAUCCUGGAAUGACGGAAGAAGAGGUCCGACUGUUUGUCAGGCAGGAGAUGAGUCAGCACUGUGCUUGUGGAGGCCAGUUCUCCCCUCCUGAUCGACGUCUCCUCCCCAACUAUCCAUCCACCCAACCGUUCCCAUCUGUCAAUGCUCAAAUAGUCCCUGUGCUUAAGUUGUCCCACGCUGAGGAAGAGGAAGGGAGCCAGACACGACACGUAGUGAACGUAGAUGACCCUGAGUAUGAGUACAUCUACACAGAGGAGGACUAUGAAGAGGGCCUGGGAGCAGAUGGGACAGAGAGCCCUAUGCUGAGGGAUGCUGAGCCAUGCUCCUUGCCCCUGGACGAGGGAGACUGCAGCAAAUACACAUUAAGGUGGUACUAUAACCAAAGAGUGUCAGAGUGCCGGCCCUUCAUCUACAGCGGUUGCAGGGGGAAUAGCAACCGUUUCCAUUCCAAGGAGGACUGUGAGCUUCAGUGCAAGUCAUAGGCUGCUGCAGGUGGCAACACAUUGGAUCAGAACAGACGUGUAUAAACUCUGAAGUGGGUUUUGGAUUCUGGGAGAACUGACCAAAAGAAGAGUUCCGGCUCCUGAGGCUCCCAAACUAUUCUUAUCCUGCAAAAGGUCUUAGAGUUACACCCACAGAGUACAUUUGGUCUGAGACUCAUCUUGCAGCCAUUUCUACUGCCUGCAGCACAGUUACGCGUGUUUGUGUGUGUGUAUUUUGUAUGUGUAUGUGUGGGCUGCUUCAGCUGGAGCAGAGAAACGGUGCUAUUCUUUUUUUAAAAAAGUAUUUUGGUUGCUCUUGAUUUAUUUUUUAAAUUAAGGUGAAAUUUUUAUCAAAUGAAAAACAUAUGCAUAACCUCUUUUAUAUAUAAUAUAAAAAGAAAAAGAAAAGACAUAUUUUAAUUAGAGCUCUCUUAACUUAUUUGAUGCUGGCCGACUGAUGACACAUGGAAUGUAUUAUAUAGCCAGACCAAACUGAUUCUCUCAAUUCAGGUUUGCAUCCUUUAUGAGCUUUUCCUCUUGCUCCCCUGUACUGGGGGGAGCCAAAAUGCCCUUUCUGUUGCAAUAAGAAGUGCUAUGAGUAUCUGAAUUCAGAAGUCCAAUGAUGCAUUACCAAAGCUGCAGUUCUAGUGACGCUCCAAAGGGUUUGUUUCUGCAACUCUUGACCCCCACCCAUCCCAGCUUGUCAAAUGAGAUGAUUUGCUACAUCUGCAAAUCUGGUAGGAGAGUUUGUCACUUGGGAUGGAUUAAUAGGGUGUUUCUUAAGGACCUGACCAGGAGGAAGAAUCUUCUAAUUAGCUUUCCCUCUUUCUCUCUCAGAAUCUUCCAAUGCCUGCAGUGUAGGUACACCUCUUCGUUUUUCGGCUCUAGGCUUUAAAUCUGCUUUGGGCAAAGUAACCAUACAAGAAAUCAUAUGCAAAGUAGAUGAAGUCCAAUCUUACCAAAACCCCUAGAGAUAUCACCUCCAUGAAAAACAGGGAAUUGAAAAGAAUGGAACCUGAGUUCCCAGGCAAAUUAUUUGUUCAGCGGUGCCAAUGGCAAUGGUGGUUCCAUUUAGCUAUUGUGAUUAAUAGCCAUUAAUAGACCCAUUCACUGAAUUUGUCCGGCCCUUCUCACAUCCAGUGGCAGUGAAUUCCAUAUGUUAACUGCAUUGUGGCAAAAGGGGCUUCCUUUUUUCCAUUCUGAACCUACAGAUUGUUCUGAACGUCAUAGUAUUUCAUCAUAUUUUAAACAACACUGCUGAUUUUAUAAACCAUCAUGUUCUCCUUUAAAUGGCUCGAUUUCUAAACAAGAGUCAAAUGCUAAACCUUUUCUUAUAGGUGAAGCUGUUCAGUGCCUUGAUCACUUUGAUUGUUCUUUCCCAUCCCUUUUCUAAUGCUAUUCUAUUCUUUUUGAGAUUGGGCAACCAGAAUAGUAGUAAGCAGUCUUCCAAAUGUGGCUGUGCCACAGAUUUAAAUAAAAGCACGAUGAAACUGACAGGAAUUAUUAGGAAAGAAAUUGCAAAUAUACUUAGCAAUGUUUUUUUCAGCGUUGCUGCACAUUAAGCCAACAUUUUCAGUUAUCUCUUUCCGAGGUAGUUACUCAACCAAUUCAGAUCCCACCAAAAGGUAUAAUUGAUGUGUGUUUUUUUUGCCCCCAAACCUUCUAAAAUACUGUUGUGGUUGUAAACAUAUUUUUUUUGUCAGAACCUAUGGGGAAACACCCUCCUGUGUAAAUAUCACUCUUAAAAAAAGGAAUUCAUUUGAAGAAGUUUCACCUUAAUCCUGAACAACAAGCAAUAGUCUCCAAUAAACAAUAGCAUUUUGGAAGAUUCCAAACAAAAAUCAGAGCACAUGUAUUUUGUAUGAGGGGAUUCUGUAUGAAACACUUGUUUUUUAUGUUUUACCUGCUGAACAAUAUUAUGGAAAUAAUCAGUGAAAUGCUGAGAAUGGUGCUAUGCUGUUAUUAUGUUGCUACCACUACAGGGCAUUUUAAAAAGCUUGGCAAUCAUGUGCAUUUCAACCUUGUCUUUUUGUUAUCACCUUUUCCCAACAACUAAGCUUGCUAUCUCCUCUCUGCUCAGUCCUGCUUCUCUCUUUACCUCCUCACUCUUUGGCAUCCUGUGUGAUCUUACGAUCAGUGCAGAUUCAGACAAAGCGGCUGUUUUUUAAAAAUACCUUUAAAGAAAAUAGGGAAACAGCUAAAUACACAAACAUAUGGCAUGUGAAGAACAUAAGAAGAGACCUUCUGGAUCAGGCCCAUGGCCCAUCGAGUCCAGCAUUCCUGUUCUCACAGUAGCCAACCAGAUGCUUGUAUGAAGCCUGCAAGCAGGACCUGAGCCACAACACUGCUUUCGCCACUUGCGAUUCCCAGCAACCGAUGUUCAGAGGUGUAUUGCCUCUGAUAAUGUUUCCCACUGAUGUCCUUGUGGAUACUAUCUGGUGCUAUUACAGUAAUUAUUUAGUCAUCAUGUAUAUAGGAAAGCAGCAAUUUAUAACCCACUGGGUCUGGUCUGGAGUAAACAAGUUGUGGGUUGUUGCCUUUGAAGGGUGGCUAUUAAAACACCCCAAUCUUAAAUGUGUUUGUAGAAGUACCUUUACUUUUUAAUGGAAUUUACUUCCACCUUUUGGGCACUAUCCAGAGACCAUUGGGCAUGCCUAUGUCCCCUGGAUCAAGUACACAGUACCUAACCACAUAUGCACACCAUUCGAAAUCAAUUGGCUUAAGCACACUUAACUGGUGGAUUGUUGUCUUAAUUCCUGUUGGAUUUCACUAGAACCUGUGAAAGUUUUAAGGUGGUAGCCAAACCCACUGGUUUAUUAGAGUGGUACUUCAUAGUUAAGGCUACCAUUUUCCUGUUGAGCUCUCUUGAGUUUGCAGAACAUCAGGCGUGAUGCCACCAAAUUGUAAUUCUGCUUGCUAGCUCCAGAGAGACUCUUUAAUCCAGAGGGACUCUGACAAUAAUCCCAGCCCUUUCCCAGUCCAUGAAGAGAUGUUGCUUGUCUUUUGUAUUUCUGGUAUGCAAAUGCAAUCAGUUGUAAAGAUGGCCUCCUAAAAUCAGAGAAGCAGAUCAUAACAAGCACAGCAAUUAAGUGCAACAGGUGACUCAGG